AUGGGACCUAAAAGAAAUGCAAGUCUUCAUCUCUUACCUUUUUUUCUGACUGGUAUACCAGGACUGGAAGCUCAACACGGCUGGCUCUCUAUCCCCUUCUUUGUCAUGUACAUCAUAGCCAUUGUGGGCAACAGCCUAAUCAUGGCAGCAGUGCAGGCAAACCAUGCCCUACAUGAACCCAUGUAUCUGUUCCUUUCCAUGUUGGCCAUUACUGAGGUAGGUGUCUCAGUAUCUACACUGCCCACCGUCAUGGGCAUCCUUUGGUUUGAUGCCCGACAGGUUGACUUUGAUGGCUGCUUGGCCCAGAUGUUCUUCAUUCAUACCUUCUCCUGCAUGGAGUCAGGGGUCCUGCUGGCCAUGAGUUAUGACCGGUUUGUAGCCAUCUACAGCCCUUUGCGAUAUACAGCUAUACUGACCCUGCCUCGGAUUAUUUCUAUGGGAUUAGGCAUUACACUGAAAAGUGUGGCACUCAUGGCCCCCCUUCCAGUUCUUUUGAGGCACUUGCCAUAUUGCCACACUAAUGUCCUCUCUCACUCCUACUGCCUGCACUCAGACCUGAUUCAGCUGCCUUGUACUGAUACUAAACUCAAUAGCAUCCUGGGGUUAGCCAUUGUCCUGGCCACUUUUGGACUGGACUCACUGCUCAUUGUGGUCUCCUAUGUGCUAAUUCUUUACACAGUAUUGGGCAUUGCCUCUGGGGAAGGAAGGCGAAAAGCCCUCAACACGUGUGUGUCACAUAUAUGUGCAGUACUUGUGUACUACGUGCCCAUGAUUGGUGUAUCUGUGAUGCAUCGUGUUGCCAAACAUGCCUCACCCAUGGCCCAUACACUCAUGUCUAGUGUCUACCUCUUUGUGCCUCCUGUACUAAACCCCAUCAUCUACAGUGUUAAGACCCAACCAAUCAGAAAGGGAAUAGUUGCCUUGUUCUCUCACAAGAGGGAAUGA